AUGUCGAUAGCGAGUCUGGUGAUAAGGGGAAAACUUCCACCAUCUACACAACCAGAAGAACAAAAUCAGCGGCUUAAAGCCCUGAAAGAAGAACUAUCACAUGCCGAGUACAUACCGAUAUAUCCGUGGAUCGCACCGCCAACCCCUCUACCAGGACCUUACGAUGCACCUUACUAUCCGCUCCCGAGUAUCCGAAAAUACUCUCAUGAUUCUUCGACUACCGAAUCACCUCCACCUGAAGAGCUACAGUCGCACAUCCGGCACAGCAGCGCAAGAGCCGGUUCUACACGGCACAACUACCGUGUCGAAUCAUGGCUGGCGUCGAACGCAGUGGACAAUUUCCAAAGGGUGAUCCAGGCGCGCCAUGUACAAAAAUACCAGCGGACACACAGCCAGCCACAUUUUCAUCGCGCAUUCGGCGUUUCUUCGCGGUACGCCGUGUCGUAUGAUGCUGCAGGCAUCUCACGAUUUCCGCCACCUCUGAUCUAG